GGAGGGGGAGCCGAGGGAGGUGUUUCUGUCAGUUCCGGCUGUUUGUUCGGGAAGUGGAUCCGCCGCUGCCGGAGCAGCCCGGAGGGAGCUGCGGAUCGCGAGGCCAGCACCGACCCCGCCCGCCCGCGCGCGCCUCCCCCGCCCGCCAUGGCCCGGGACUACGACCACCUCUUCAAGCUGCUCAUCAUCGGCGACAGUGGUGUGGGCAAGAGCAGUUUGCUGUUACGUUUUGCAGACAACACUUUCUCAGGCAGCUACAUCACCACAAUCGGUGUGGAUUUCAAGAUUCGGACGGUGGAGAUCAAUGGGGAGAAGGUGAAGCUGCAGAUCUGGGACACGGCGGGGCAGGAGCGCUUCCGCACCAUCACCUCCACGUAUUAUCGGGGGACCCACGGGGUCAUCGUGGUUUAUGACGUCACUAGUGCCGAGUCCUUUGUCAACGUCAAGCGGUGGCUUCACGAAAUCAACCAAAACUGUGAUGAUGUGUGUCGAAUAUUAGUGGGGAAUAAGAAUGAUGACCCUGAGCGGAAGGUGGUGGAGACAGAAGAUGCCUACAAAUUCGCCGGGCAGAUGGGGAUCCAGUUGUUUGAGACCAGCGCUAAGGAGAACGUCAACGUGGAAGAGAUGUUCAACUGCAUCACAGAGCUGGUCCUCCGAGCAAAGAAAGACAACUUAGCGAAACAGCAGCAGCAGCAACAGAACGAUGUGGUGAAGCUCACGAAGAACAGUAAACGAAAGAAACGCUGCUGCUAAUGUCCCACCCACCCACUGCAGAGACUGCACUGCGGCCACUCCCCUGGCCUGAGGCCCGUGGGCUCCUCGGGGGACAGUCUCAGUUUCGUGCCGUUAUUUAAAGAAUUCUCUCCACGUUUUUGUAUCGGGAGGCGCCACGGGCACUUCCUCCCCUCCCCCUCAAGUGCCAAGAAGGUGUUGGACAACCUGCCCUUCCCUUCUGGUGCCCCUGCCCCCUGGCCAAGGCGCCUGGGCCCGGCGAGGACGCUGCCAGCCGAGCGGACUGAUUAACCAGAGUUUGUACAUAAUGUAUAUUGCUUUAACCAGCGUGUCACCCACGUCCUGCUCUGGCUUUUGCCUCCUUAAUGCCAGCCUGCUGCGACAGACCCUCCCUCCCCUCCCCAUCCCAUCUUACUGCCAGCAGCUUCCUGAGGAGACAGGAUCGCGUUCUAGCCACGUCUUUUGCCAACCUGGGCUGGUGGAGCGGGCUCCAUGUUACUCGUUCCACGGGCUGUCGGCCUCUGUCCCUGGCACGCAGGGUCUCCCCCGUCUCCAGGGCCUGUGCCGCCUCUGUUCCCAGCCCAGGUCCCUUCCUUCCCCAUCCCCAUCCUGGCAGCUGGGGAAACCUGGCCCUGGGGUAGGCCUGGAGGUUCCCUUAGACUAAGGCCCUGCCCCCGGCUGGCCCAGUCCUUUGGUUCCACAGGAGUCAUCCCUGCCCUUUGGCCAACAGGUUUCUUGUCCUGCCUUCUAGAUGCCUCUGAGUGACACACCCAGGGGAGCCGUGGUUUCUAACCUAUGCCAACUGUUUCAGUUCCACCAGAAAGGUAGGGGUUGUUUGUGCAGCGAUGGGGCUUGCAGGAGGGCUGAGGAGCAUUAUUUUAACAGAUAAAGAAAAUGAAGCCAAAUCAAAUGAAUUAAGUUCCUCACACUUUUUUCUUCUCUUCCUGAGGUUUGGUUGGCACAGCAGCAAAAGUUGUGGCCGCCUCACUUUGGGUCCAGUGUUUUUAGAAAAAGUGAAUAGCUUCCUGUCAUUGUGGCGCCGGGCUCUCGGCAGAGCAGCUCUGCCUGCCUGGCCGGUUCUUGGUGGGAAAGGACCCUUGUCUGUGUCGGCCCAGCGCCUCCCACUGAGUCCCUCGGUCUCUGAUGCAGCACCAGGCACCUUGGAAUGUGGGGAGCGGGUGCCCGGGGCUGCUGGACGGCAGGCAGCCUUGGACCACUGACAGAACUGUUUUAGCAGCAUGAGGAUUUCUUCGCGGGUGGGAAGGAAUGGCAACUGGGGCUGGGAGCCAGCCAGCUUUGACCCACCCCGGUCCCCUGGCGGAAAAACCAGGGUCAUCUGCACUUGAUUACUGUCCCCCGCCCACCCCGCCCGGGACACCUCAUUCACCUUUCCCCUAAAAGGAUCACAUAACCUGGAAAUAAUUUAUUUCAACACCAUGAUGUGUGUUAUUAGAUUUCCUUUCCUAGGCGAUUUCCAGGCGAAGCCCUGAUUGGACAAUCACGUCACAGAUCACACUGCAGAUUUUCCAUGUUAACACUUGAUGGGUUUUUAAUCAGUAAGAACUAGGGGUUUCUUCUGACCUGUCUCUUCACUUUCCCCAAACUGCCAAAGGCCCGUGGUUCCAUGUGACAGGUGGUGGAGCUCUGAGGACUGGGAAGUCGGUGCUGUAGAGGGCGGCUGCGGGGCCAACCGGCAGGCGGCCCCCACUGGUUGGGGCACUGGGAGCAAAAACGUGGUCUCCGUCCUCAGGACUGUCGUGGCUGCCCAAGGUCCUAUGGGGGAUGUGCAGAGCUCGGGGCUCCUGAGGUGGGCGGCAUACUCGACUCUGAGCAUUCAGGUGACGCCAGUGUGGCAGUGCUUGCAAAUUCAAGCAAUAAGAGGACGGGGUCCUGGAAUUUUCCAGCCGAGGCUAGAAGCCACCAUGGCUUCUGGCAACUGGACGUCCAGCCCGAGCUGGUGGGGUGAUUUUGGUGACUGUGUGCCUGUCCCGAGUGUUACACGCAUGAAUGGGGGGUGGGGGGCUCACAGGGCUGGAUCGAUAUCCUGGUGGACCUGAUGUGAAAUUCCUGUCGAACAACAAAACUUUUAAAUGGUUUGCUAGGAUUAUUUCUGUAUUGAAAGUUUCUAAUUAUGCUUUUUAAAAAAAAUACUAAAAAUAAAGGUUCAAGCUGUCCAACAG